CCUCCACCUUCCAAUCGUCAUGCCGUGGGACCAUACAGGCAUAAUCUAACUUUACUCCUCCUCCUCGAACUCGCCCAUACCAUGCCGCCGCACCUACACCCGCGGUCGCGAAUGACCUCCUCUCUCUUCGCCACGACCGUAGCAGCGAGCUUCUUCGUCGUGACACUCCCGCACAUCCUGCCCUGUCCCGCGCCGCGGGUGACCUACGCCGACUCAGAAAUAGCCGCAGACGGCACGAGGCGGCGGCGGCGGAGGAAACCAGAGCCAGCGGUCGUGAAGGACGGCAUCGUACAGUUCGAGAGUCCGACAGAGGACUUAGAGAGGGUCGCUACUGAGACCGGCGGCAUUGCUACGAGGGCAAGGAAAGAAAGAGAAUGUCCCGUACCCAAACCGGGCGGCGUCAUUGGUGAGCUGAUGGGGUUUAAGGGCAAGUCGAAAGCGGAAGAAGGAAAAGGGCCGAGUGAUAAUACAUAGAAAACAGCGAGCAUCAGGUUGGAAAACCACUGGAAACUUUACACUUGCAAUGUGUAUAAUGUUACCGUGCGAAGAAUGCGUCGCAGUUACCUAUUGCUCCACACUAGGAUUAUCACUAAUAAAAGAUGAACUCCUCUGUAUCACUCCGGAAAAUUGAUAGACGGCCACUUGCUUUUAAAGGCUUUGGGGGAGAUAGAAAGGUAAGUGGCACAAGCAUAUUGCAUUGCUCGAGACCAUAAUC